AUGGUAACACCUACUAAGCUGUUACCGGAGGACUGUACCGGCGAGAAAAGGGAUUCCGGAGACAGAGAGAGACAUCAGAGCACGUACGGUAGCUGCGCAGGGAGAUUUCCGGCGAGCUUUGCACGGGGAACUUUGAGGUUUCCGGCGACGGGGAGCGAGGCAGGGAAAGAGAGAAACACGUCGGAGCAGUCUUCUCCAUGGAAAGCUCUAGAGAAGGCCAUGGGAGGUUUUAAAAAGGAGCUCACUCCUCAAGAUGUACUGAGGGAGAAGAGGCAAGCACAAGAAUUUGAUGAUGAUGACGAUGGCGGAGGUGCUGGAAAUCGGCCUGGUGGCGGUGGCGAUGGUUCUGGCGAUUCAGAGGAUGAAGGCCUUGCUGGAAUAUUGGAUGAAUUACUGCAAGUGGUUUUGGCAACCCUCGGCAUUGUCUUUAUGUACAUUUACAUCAUCGAAGGUGAGGAGAUGACUCGGCUCGCCAAGGACUAUAUCAAGUAUCUUUUCGGGGCUAGCAAAAGUGUUCGUUUGAGGCGGGCCAUGUAUAAAUGGGGAAGGUUCAAAAAGAGAGUGACAAGGAAGAAGGUUGUAAGGAAUGACUGGUUGGAACGUGCAAUCCUUACUACACCAACAUGGUGGUAUGACCCCAGGCAAUUGGGGCGUAUGCAGGCCCAGGUAACACCGUCGUAUGAAUAGAAUCAAAGCCCAUUUUUCUUACCUUGUCGUGCUUGUAACAGUUUGGUGGGGAUUGGGAGGAAAUUCUGAGAACUGAUGUUCAUGAAUGCCCACUGUUUUCCCAAGACUUUUGAGUUUUCUUGAUAUGAUGCAGAUUUUCUCA